GCGCAGUUUCUUCCUUCGUGCUUCCCGGGCUUCGGACGGCGGCUGCUCCGGGGGACGACAAAACAGCCCUGCCAGGAGGCUCGCGGUGCCGUUGCAAAAGGCGAGGAUGGUGGGCGCGACGGCGGUGCAAGGCCCCGUGGGCUUGCAUGAGUUGCUGCUGGCUGGAGCGGAGCGGGGAAGCAGCAGCAGCGCUGGCAUUGCUGCCGCCACCCCUGCCGCCAGCGCUACAGCCGCUGCUCCUGCUGCCGCUGCCGCCCCCGCUGCUGCUCCUGCCACCAGCACCACCACCAGCAGCAGCGUCGCCCCCGGGGUAGUUACCCCGGGGGAGGAAGAGGAGGUCUGCGUGGUGGGGAUCUUCGGGAAGACCGCCUUGCAGCUCAGCUCGGAGAAGGCGGCCUUGGUGAACACGGUGUGCGACAGGCAAGUCUUCCCCCUCUUCCAGCGCGGCGGCGAAGCCAGAUCUUCCGCUGGAGGAACUGAUAGUGCAGGAGGGGAAGGUGGUGGUGGUGGCGGCGGCGGCGGCGGCGGCGCAGACCCAGGAACCGUUUCCCCCUCGGCUUCUUCCUCCGCUUCCUCUUCCUCCUCCGCCUCCUCUUCCGCCGCCUCCUCUUCCCAGGGCGACUACAACCUCCUGGAAGCCUAUUAUAGCCAGGAUUGCAAGGUGCUCUACCUGGUCCUCACGUCCAUCUGCGACAGCCACCAGCUUCUGCAAGCCUGCAAGGACCUGGAUGCCAUGGGGGAUGCCCGAGGGCCUGGCAGCUUGGGGGCUCACCUCCUGGCCCCAGGCGGCUCCCAGCUGCCCCAUGCCGAGGCCCACGAGUUCUGGAAGCACCAGGAGAAGCUCCACUGCCUCAGCCUCCUCUACCUCUUCUCCGUCUGCCACAUCCUGCUCAUGGUCCACCCCACCUGCUCCUUCGACAUCACCUACGACCGGGUCUUCCGAGCCUUGGACGGCUUGCGUCAGAAGGUGCUGCCCUCUCUGAAGGCCGCUAUCAAAGACUGCCCCGUUGGCAAGGACUGGAAGCUCAACUGCAGGCCUUGCCCGCCCCGCCUCCUCUUCCUCUUCCAGCUCAAUGGAGCCCUGAAGGUGGAGCCCGUGCCCGGCAGGGGGCAGGAGUUCUGUGGGCACCUGGAAAAGCCCCCCGCGAAGAAGCACUCUCCUAAGCGGCGACUCCAGCAUGCCCUGGAGGACCAGAUCUACCGCAUCUUCCGCAAGAGCCGGGUCUUGACCAACCAGAGCAUCAACUGCCUCUUCACCGUCCCGGCCAACCAGGCCUUUGUUUACAUCGUGGCCGGUGGGGCGCAAGAGGGCGACGACCCCAUUGCUGUCUUGCUGGACCAGCUGCGGAGCAACUGCACCACCCGGGAGGCGGAGGCCUCGCUGGCACCUGCCUUGGCUGGGCCUCGGAGGUACCAGGCCAUGCGGCACGGGAGACAGCAGCUGUCUUUCCACGUGGAGAGCAGCAGCAGCAGUUCCAGCUCCUCGGGGCAGCUGGUGGACUGCACCUUGAAGGAGUUCCUCUUCCAGCAUGUGGAGCUGGUCCUGGGCAAGAAGGGCUUUGACGACAGUGUAGGGAGGAACCCGCAGCCUUCCCACUUCGAGCUGCCCACCUACCAGAAGUGGGUGGCCACAGCCCUGAAGCUGUACGAAGUGGCCAUUGAAGGCAAGGACAGCGACCCAUCUUCGGCCAUCGGGGAGCUGACCUCCAAAAUCAUGGGGAGCAUCAAGGUUUUGGAAGGCUACCUGGACAUUGACACCAAGUUCUCAGAGAACCGCUGCCAGAAGGCCCUCCCCAUGGCCCACAGUGCCUACCAGUCCAACCUGCCCCACAACUAUACCAUGACUGUCCACAAGAACCAGCUGGCCCAGGCCUUGCGGGUCUACAGCCAGCACGCCCGGGGACCAGCCUUUCACAAGUAUGCCCUGCAGUUGCACGAAGACUGCUACAAGUUCUGGAGCAACGGGCACCAGUUGUGUGAGGAGAGGAGCUUGACCGACCAGCAUUGUGUGCAUAAAUUUCACUUGCUUCCGAAAUCGGGUAAGUUCAGGUCAUUCGGGGUUUAGAAGCUCAUGGUCUGGACUGUCUUCCUUCCUCCACUCCCAAUUUUCUAUUUGUUUGCAUAUGCAUCUCACUUAAUAUACACUCACACAAGUUUGGAAAUGGGCCCUGCCAGAUCGCACUAGGCAGGAAGGCAGAGUCUUUUUGCUAAUCUUUUAGGUUUCUAGCCCUCAUUGUCCUUCACAAUAUUGUUCAAUCAUUUCCUGCUACAUGUUCAACUUCCAGAGUGGGGGAUCCCUAAUUGAAAGGUGAAACUUUCAGCAUGUCACAUCUUUCUAUAUACACAUAUAUGGGUGGAUGGAUGGAUGGAGAUAUAUAUAUAUAUACACACACACACACACACACACACACACACAUACAUUUUAGACUUAGGGAUCUUUAAUCUGUCCUAUCUGCAUUAAAAGCAAGUACAAAAUAUUUAGUAUAAUGACAAGCACCCUUUUGAAUAAAAUCUGUGGCAACAAAUGUUUUCCGGGAUAAAAAGGGCUUGCAUCACUUCCAAAAUGCAUGGUUUUUUUGGACUGAAAAAAGUGGGGUUAUGAUUCUCAAGUUUCUGGAUUCUGUGUUGUUUGUUCAAAGCUUUUAAGGAAGCAAAGAAGUCAAAGGAACCAACUGAUGGAAAUUUUCCUUUUGUGGAUCUCUUUUUUAGGGGAGAAACCUGAACCAGACAGGAACCCACCUGUGUUGUACCAUAACAGCCGAGCUCGCUCCACUGGCACCUGCAACUGUGGGAGGAAACAAGCACCCCGGGAUGACCCAUUCGACAUCAAAGCAGCAAAUUACGAUUUCUAUCAGGUAAUUAUUUGUCAUCUUCCUCUUGCGAUACAGUUCUGAGAUAGAUGGGUAAACUAACAGUUGAAGACUUGUCAUUGUGUGGGCCUUUUCAUCCCUCUUUAGGGCCACACUCCUUCUGGGGUAAUCUGUCAGGGGUUGCCUUCCGCAGUUGGAAUCUGGGCUGCAAGUGGGCAGCUUCCUGCCUUUCCCUGCUCCUUCUGCCCACCCGCCCCUGUGCUUUUCCUGCUUCCCUCUUCGUCUCCCUCCAGCAAGUUGCAAGGAAAGGGUUAGAUUGCUCUUGCCCAAAGCUCUAAGCCAAUUGCUUACAGAGGGCAUUUGUACUUAGGCCAGGGGCAGUAGAUUUCCCACCCCUUUUUGAACUAAAGGGUGGGGCCAGGUGCAUCUACCCUUUGCUGUCCAGGAGGGAGGGGGGCACAACCUCCCAGCAGCCUUUGGAUACCCAGCUUCCAGGCCUUGGGCUUUUACACAGCAUGUUCCUGGAGGCAUCUCUAUAUCGCAAGGGUGGUGAACCUUUGGCCCCAGGCCCCAGGUGUGGCUCUCUGUGCCCCUCUGCUUGGCCCUCAGGUCUCUCCCCAAGUCACCCCUGUCCCUUAGGCCACAUUCCCAUUAGUUGUUUUUGCCUGACUUGAAUGCAUCGUUGGGCUGCAACAAUUGUUAUUAUAACUGGGGCAGUUCACAGAAUAAAAUACAAGAUAAAACACCAGUAAAUAAUUAAACCAAGACGACCAAAGCCUGGUUGAAGGGGAACAAUGGCCCUUGCUCACCUAGAAGGAUGGAGGGGUGUGUGUCUGUGUGCAGAUACGGCUGCCUUAUGCAUGACUGGGCUAUGGCCUGUGUUACAAAGAUGGGAAUCUCAUCCAUUGCUCCACCUGCUUUUGCAUCUGUUUUGCAUCCACCACUGUUAUGCAGCCCCGCAGAAGGUUACCUACAAGGAAACACAACCCUCAAGCUGAAAAAUGUUCCCCACCCGGCUCUAGGUUGCAAACCUUCUCAUUUCUACCCCUUUCUUUUGCUUUCCUAGCUGCUGGAAGAGAAAUGCUGCGGGAAACUGGACCACAUCAACUUCCCCAUCUUCCAGCCAAGCACUCCAGAUCCAGCACCGGCAAAGAAUGAGACAUCGCCCAGCCCUCCAGAGGGCGAAGCCGAAAAGCUGAAGGAGAAGGAGCCGCAGACUCAGGGGGAGAGCACCAGCCUGAGCUUAGCGCUCAGUCUGGGCCAGUCCACGGACAGCCUGGGGACCUACCCAGCUGACCCUCAGGGCGGAGGGAACAACACGGAGUCUCACGGGCAGGCAGCUGACUCCAAAGGAGAGAAGAGGCCCAGCUUGGUUGACCGCCAAGCCUCGACGGUUGAGUAUCUGCCAGGGAUGCUCCACUCCAAUUGCCCCAAGGGCCUCCUGCCCAAGUUUUCCAGCUGGUCGCUGGUAAAACUCGGCCCUGCCAAGGCUUACAACUUCCACACCGGCUUAGACCAGCAGGGUUUCAUCCUGGGAACGAAUUACCUAAUGCCUUGGGACAUUGUCAUCCGGACACGGACGGAAGAGGAGGGGGAGCUGGACACGAAUUCCUGGCCGGCUCCUAACAAGUCUGUCCCCGGGAAAAGGAGCGCAGUCGUCAUGGGCAGAGGGAGGCGGCGGGACGACGUGGCCCGGGCCUUUGUGGGGUUUGAGUACGAGGAUGCCCGUGGCCGGAGGUUCAUGUGCUCGGGCCCCGAGAAGGUCAUGAAGGUGAUGGGAGGGGGGCCAAAGGAAUCGGCUCUCAAGGCUCUCAACUCCGACAUGCCCCUGUACAUCCUGUCGUCCAACCCUGGGCGGGGGCUGAAGCCGCACUAUGCUCAGCUGAUGAGACUCUUUGUUGUGGUGCCUGACGCUCCGCUGCAGAUAGUACUGACUCCACAGGUGAGAAGAUUAUAAAAAAGCUGGAGUGUAUUGUGCUGAGGCCCUGCUUUUGGGUUUCUGGCAUAUGUUAGAACAGGAUGCUGGACUAGAUGGGCCAUUGGCUGUUCUUAGCACACAUGGCAGGGUUUGGUUUUAUAGGUCAGGGGAAGGCUGUGCAGUAUAAUAAGUCUUCAGAAGAUAACCGCAGCAACUGACGUAUCAGUAUUUCAACCUGUGUUUUAGUGAAUGUUCGUAGAACAUGAGUAGUGGUAAUCCAUAGCAGCAGCAGAAUGCUAGGCCUAUACUAAAUGUAUUUCUUAGAUUUACAUCCUACCUUUCCAAGGCUUGUGGUCAUAGUUCCCCUGCAGUUUUUAUCUUUGCACAAAGUCGAUUUGGCUAAGAGGGGGUGACUGGCCCAGGAGUAGGGCAGUUCUUUUGAAGAGGAGGGCUUCAAAAGGGUGUGGGAAACUUCCUGAAGUGGACCUAAGACCUCCAGCCCUCUCUGUGGCCUUUGGGGUUCUCUCUCCAGGCCCCACACCUUUGCAGUGCUUUUGCCUGACUGGAAUGUGUCCUGGCAGAGUGGCAAUACCUCUUGUUUGCCUGGAUAGAGUGGGCUUAUGUAGAAGCCCCUGACUUUUGCAUGGCUAGAGUAUAGCCUGAGAGUCACAUCCAUAGAUCACUCACUUUUGCCUGUGACCCCACCCACGACUCACAUGUGGCCCCUCAGAAGGUUCCCCACGAAUGAAUGUGGCCCUUGGGGUGGAAAUGCUUCCUCGCCCCUGGUUUAUGCCAUGUUACCUUUAUUUGUAUUCAGGGUGUCAUGAGACCACUACACUUGAUCUUAGCCACAAGGCUGAGAAGUGGGGGGCUUUAAAAGAGGACUGGGCAAAUUCAUGAAGGAUAAGGCUAUCAAUGAAUGGCUAUGAGCCAUGAUGGCUGUGCUCUGCCUCUACAGCUGGAGCAAGUGGUAUGCUUCUGAAUACCAGUUGUGCGAAACCACAGGAGGGAGAGUUGCUCCUGUGCUUGAAUCCUGGUUUCCCAUAGGUAUCUGGGUAGCCAUGAGCCACUGGCCUGAUCCAGUAGGCUUUUCUUAUGAGAGACUUGUCAUUUUGCUACAGCUACCUGUCUGGAGAUUUUGUUGAUGUUUGUUUCUCUUUCAUUCCUAGGUUCAGCCAGGGCCACCUCCUUGCCCUGUCUUUUACCCGGAGAAACAAGAGAUAAAACUUCCUUCCGAUGGACUGUGGGUUCUUCGGUUUCCUUAUGCCUAUGUGACGGAACGCGGACCGUCCUUCCCUCCAAAGGAAAACCAGCAGCUCAUGAGUUACAAGGUGCUUCGAGGAAUAUUAAAAGCUGUGAUACAAUAGGACUUACUUGACCACACAAGUUGAAUUGGCUUUGGAAUUUAGUAUUUUCUUCCCCCCCCCCCAGCCUCACCCCAUUCUAAAUGACGGAUUUUGAUUAACAACAGCUGGAAUUCACACAGCAAUCACUGCUUUGAUUUUAUUGCACUUAAAAAGUCCCAGUGUUGAAACCAUAUGUAUGUGCCAAGUCCUAUCAGAGACACUGGAUUGGUGGGGUAUAUUAAUGCAGGAGCCAAAUUAAGUUCUAGUAUGUAAAGGUCUGUGGAUCAAGAUGAAGAAAGGAAAAAUAAAACAUAAGAUCUGUGCUUGUCAUUACUGUUUUAUAUUGUAUUCAAGUGGCUGCAACAACAUAUUGAAGUAUAUCCUCACUCUGCUG